GGCUGGCGGCGGCGGCGGCGGCGGCGGCGGCGGCGGCGGCUCGGGGACUGCGGGGACGGCCGGGCGACUGCCGGCAGCGACACCCGGGGAAGCCCGCGCCCCGCCUGCGCCUCCGAGGCGCGCCCCGAGAAGCGGGAGUGGGAGAGGCCCCCGCGGCGCCGCCCAAGGCCGCAGGCGAGCGCCGGGCGCCGGCAGCCCGGAGCCGGCCGGCCGGGCAGCGCAGACCGGAGCGGCGGCCGGAGCGCGGGGGCGCGGCCGGAGGGAGCUGCAGAGCGCGCCGGGCCCGGAGCGGGCGCCCGCGCGAGCAUCGUGCCGCGGCGCCGGGGGCGCGGCGCAGCCGAGACAAAGCUGCGGGCGCGCGGAGGCGCGAUGCCUGCGGGCGACUAGCCGGGCCGGCGGGCGUGAGCGCGCCGAGCCGGACGCCCCGGGGUCGCCGAGGCCGGGCCGGACCGCGCGGGCGCGGCCCAGGUGCGCCGGCCGGCCGCGGCCGUGACUGCUGGCGGGUCGGGGGGCGGCGCCCUCCCGCCGCAGCCAGGAGCCAUGGGCAACAUCUCCUCCAACAUCUCGGCCUUCCAGUCGCUGCACAUCGUCAUGCUGGGUUUGGACUCGGCCGGCAAGACCACGGUGCUGUACCGGCUCAAGUUCAACGAGUUCGUGAACACCGUGCCCACCAUCGGCUUCAACACGGAGAAGAUCAAGCUGAGCAACGGCACGGCCAAGGGCAUCAGCUGCCACUUCUGGGACGUGGGCGGCCAGGAGAAGCUGCGGCCGCUCUGGAAGUCCUACAGCCGCUGCACGGACGGCAUCAUCUACGUGGUGGACUCGGUGGACGUGGACCGGCUGGAGGAGGCCAAGACCGAGCUGCACAAGGUGACCAAGUUCGCCGAGAACCAGGGCACGCCGCUGCUGGUCAUCGCCAACAAGCAGGACCUCCCCAAGUCGCUGCCGGUGGCCGAGAUAGAGAAGCAGCUGGCGCUGCACGAGCUCAUCCCGGCCACCACCUACCACGUCCAGCCGGCGUGCGCCAUCAUCGGCGAGGGCCUCACCGAGGGCAUGGACAAGCUCUACGAGAUGAUUCUGAAGCGCAGGAAGUCCCUGAAGCAGAAGAAGAAGCGGUAACGCCGCCCGCGCUGCGGGAUGAACCCGGUGGGCGGGAGGGCCCGCGCCCGCGGACAAAGACAGCGAGCCAAAGCGGCGCUUCCAGCUCGCUCCCGUGCCUGCGCCCCGACGCGAGCCGGCGGGCCGAGGCCCGGGGCUGAGGGCCGCCCUUCCAGCCCGCGGCCGACCCGCCCCCGCCCCCGGCUCGGGAGACCCUUUGUCUGGACGCCGGAGCCGCGGCGCGCCCGCCGUGCGCCCUCCGCCCAGGUGGAGCGGCGCCGGGGGUCCGAGGGACAAAGCGAUUUCUUGGCAUCCUGCAGGGCCUGAAGUUCAGGCUGCCCCGCCCCCGCUGGGGGGCGGGGGUCGCACCUGUCAGGUACCCGGGGUGUGCGGUACCUCCCUCUGGGGGAGGGGGCUUCCUAGGGGGUUGGGACCCUGGGCAGCUGUGGAAGCUCCAGCGUUUUGUGUCGCAGGGCAGGCCCCUGUUGAAAUUUCAUUUGUCCGGCGCCGGGCCCACGGGCGGUGACGGUGUGGGCUGGCGGAGGACGUCCUGGGGACGGCGCGGCGGCCGCAGUGCUGGCCCUGGCUGGGCACGGGCGGCGGAGAGGCCCCAUUCGCAGCGCUCUGUGGCCGCCGAAGGACAGACUGCAUUUCAGCGCGGCAUCGGACGCCUUCGGGAAGGCGUGGACCCUGUCCCUGGUUAGGUCAUGAUCACACAAAGAGACCAAUAAAAAUUAAUGGAAAAAAAAUCCACACAAAACCCAACAACUGCUGGAGGUGGUGGAGAAUGAGACGCUGACCUGUGCAGCACAGGUAAAGGUGUUCCGAGGGGAGCGCCGGUGGCACCAAGCUGGAUGGGCGUGUGUGUGUGUGUGUGUGUGUGUGUGUGUGUGUGUGGCUGCACUGUGGGACUGGCACGGAUACCAGCUCCAUCCUUGUGGAAUUCACGAUUCUCCUAGCUCACUGAUUGGCUUGGAAGAGUGCACCAGCUGCAGAGGGGUGCUGAAUGGCAAGAUGAUUUUUGGGUGUUUUUUUUUUUUUCUUAAGGAAUGGCUGUUGUAAUGCCAGCUGGGUGAUCAUGGGCUUUCAAACAUGUUGAAAGGGAGAAAAAAAAAAAAAAAACUUCUGCAAAUGAAUACUUAGAAUAUUCACCUUAGGGAAACACAGACUGCUGGGCCCUUACGCUGCAGGUGGCAACAUGUUCAGAUUUCUGAUUCGAUUCCUUGCGGCCUCUCUGGUUUUGGUGUUCCAUUCGGAAUGUCUCCCUAGAGUAUUUGAUGUCAUGUACCCAAAAAUAAAAAACCCCACCUUGCUGCACAAUCUGAGCUUGUUGCAUGGAUUCCAAAUCCAACGAAAGGGCAGGCUGAAGCCGCAGGGAUUGGUUUUGUGGGAGCUGGGCCCCGGCAGACAACGGAGCAUGCUUGACAUAAAGGAAGCGUGUGACGUCAUGGUCCCCGCUGCCCGGGCACGCAGAGUUUACUUGCAAGAGGCUCUGGAGAUUAGAUGCAGUAAAGGAAGAGUGAGUGCCUAGUUUUAAUAAUGUCCUUUUCCGAUGAGCACCGAGUCCCGGUGCGCAGAAGCCGUCAUUGACCCAGAGACACAGUAUCUCCAGGGGCACUCAGAACUUCCUCUUUCUGCUUCCUCUCUGAACCCGAGCUGGCAGGCGGAGCCCCGGUUUGCCCCACGGGUUGCAGCCGGUGGAGGAGGGACGCGCUGCGGCCCGAGCGGGUGAGCGGUCAGGUGCGGCUCCCUGCCUGUUCUCCCGCGACCCUGAGGGAGCCAGCGGCAGUAGCAACCAGGUUCCUGCCCAAAAUGUUUGUAAAGCAGAAAGCCAGCAGCCCGUCUUCCCUUUCGCCUUGGUUGGUGCGUUUGACACCCCUCCAGUGCUGGUCUUUUUGUAGAAACCCAGUAGAGAAAAUAGAGCUACGCCGUACUGAGAAGCCUGCAAGAUUUCAGUUUAGGUAUUGACAGCAUAGUCCCUGAUUUCCACGUGGGCUGGUCCCAUCGUCUGAAGAUUCUGUAUAGAAUUAUUAAAAAAAAAUCCAUCUUCCUUUAUUUUCUUCACAUGCAACAAUUUCUUAAGCACUUCGACAUUUUGGUAGGUCCACGCUAUGGAGAGAAUAAUAUAUUUAUUUUGUGACAUUGCAGAUGCCAAAUACUGUAACCUUCUCGUGCCAACGACUCUUAGGUUCGAGAUCACUGUUCAGACGCUGUCAUGCUUCAAGAACGGGAUGAUGUGGGUCGCUUUUCUUUUUCCCUUUGCAUCAUCAAUACUUAAGGGCGCAGUCAACUGUCAGUCAUUGUGCCGUGAAGUGCAGCCCCGUGGUGUUUCAGCUACUAGUUGAGUCUCGGUUGUCGACCCAAAGCCCAUCUCGGCUCUGCCCUGCACCGAGGAAGCACAAAUAGGAUCAGGCUGGGAGGGGCUGGGAGGGGCUGGGAGGGCCCCCCGCCCUGGGCAGAAUGGAUGGGUUUCCCACGGCGGGAGUUGGCAGUGUUUCCCUAUAGACGCAGGGGAGCCAGUUUUGUCCGAGACCGAUUCUCUUCCCGAAGUCUCCGUCCCGGUGUGAGGCCUGUGUCCCCUGCUUCCGGUUUUUCGUUUUCGACAGCUGUAAUUCUUUGUCCUGCUCACCCUCCUCUUUGUCCCCGGGCCCUUUUAUAAUGCAUAUAUGAUGCUGUGAACAGAAAUAAAUUAUUUAUACACGCAAA